AAAGUAGAUUCUAGGCCUGCAGCAGAAUUAAUUAACGUUUGGGCUUAGAACUAGAUAUGCAACUUGGACCUGACCAAAUCAUCACUAAUGAUCAGAAACACUCACCCUUCUUCUAACAUUUACUAUGGCAUGUCGGUCACACUUCGCCUAAGUGCCCGGCCCAGUUUGACCAAGAACAUCGUAAACAGCAAGAAAUGGAAGAAAAAGACCGGGCCAUGGCUCGCGCUGUUGCAAAGGCUCAUUCCAUGUCUGAUUCUGAGGAUUCAGACUCUGCAAAUGAUACACAUAAUGAUACAGGAAUAAGUGGGUCGCAAGACCUGUUUGAUUCUUCCAGUGACAGCAGUUUCCUUGCCAGUGCAUCAGCAAAAUCCAAGGGCAGUGGAAAAGCAGCUUCAGAUUCAAAGACAUCCGAUGAUCCUUACAGUGCAGACACUGAUGUUGAAGAGGAAGAGAAAGUGAACAAGGACUCAAAGAAGCCUUUAUGUAAAUAUGGUAGCAAAUGCUAUCGCAAAAACUCAUCUCAUGUGAAGGAAUUUUUUCACCCAAGUAAGAGGACACACAAAGAACCUCAAGGAAAGUCACCGUUGCCUGAGAAGAAAAGGAAGAAAGAUGAUGAAAAAACUCCACAAGAUGUUUUUGAAGAAUUUCAACCCUUCAGUCUUUUUUUAACGAAGGUGAAAGGCAUUCCAGAUAAAUUCAACAACACAGGAGCUCUGAGUUUGAAAGACAUUCUGUCUACCUCGAUGGGGCAACUGAAAGAGUCAUGCCACUUUAAUUUCAUGUUUGACAUGCCGUGGUUGAUGUCACAGUACCCUGAGCACUUGAGAAAGUUGCCUGUGUUGUUAGUGCAUGGAGAACAAGGGAGAGAUGAGAUCAACAUGAAAGCAGAGGCAACCCAGUUUUCAAACAUCUCUCUGUGCAGGGCCAGAUUGGAAAUUGUUUAUGGAACCCACCACACAAAGAUGAUGCUGUUGUUAUACAAGUCCGGUAUGCGGGUUGUUAUUCACACUGCAAAUCUCAUUCCUAACGACUGGCACCAGAAGACGCAAGGGAUUUGGGUGAGUCCGUUGUUCCCCCCCUUGACCCAAGGUGAGAAAGGUGACUCCCCCACUGGCUUCAAGACUGAUUUGCUUCAGUACUUGGCUGCGUACAAAGCACCAAGGCUAGCACACUGGGAAAGACACAUACAAGCUCAUGAUAUGUCAUCUGCAAAUGUACACAUUGUUGGCUCUGUCCCUGGAAGACAUACUUUGAACAGCAAGUCCUGUUGGGGCCAUCUCAAGCUGAGAAAAAUUUUGUCUGAAAGAGGUCCCGAGCAAGGGUUGGUGAAGAACUGGCCAGUGUCUGGACAGUUCUCAAGCAUAGGUUCUCUUGGAGCCACUAAAGAUGCGUGGAUGUUGGGUGAAUUUGGAGAUUCGCUCUCAACCUGCAAAAAGGCUUUUGCAACUCCUUUACCUCAUUCAAAAUGUCAUUUGAUUUUUCCAUCAGUGAACAACAUCAGGCUGAGCCUAGAGGGAUACAAUGGUGGUGGAUGUGUUCCCUACAGCAUAAAGACUGCUUCAAAACAAGUCUGGAUGGUGCCUUUCUUUUGUCAGUGGAGUUCAGAGGGUCGAGGGAGGUCGAGAGCAGUCCCGCAUAUAAAGUCGUACUCUCGUUUCUCUCCAGAUGGGACGGAGGCCGCAUGGUUCAUGGUCACAAGUGCCAACCUUUCCAAAGCUGCUUGGGGUGCAUAUGAAAAGCAGAAAAGUCAGCUGAUGAUUCGCUCCUAUGAAAUGGGUGUUCUUUUUCUGCCUCAGUAUUUUGGAUUCAAGAACUCAUUCCCUGUGUCAAGCGAUGCUGGGGAAGUCGCUGCUUCGGACAAACCAGUUUUCCCCUUGCCGUAUGAACUUCCACCUGUCAGCUAUGUGAAAGGAGAUCGCCCGUGGUUUAUUGAUGUCCCAUGCGUGGAUCAACCAGACACAUUUGGUACAAAAUGGUGUCCUCCCCUGUAGAGAAGUUGGAGGAAAGCUUCCUCAACCAAAAUGUCGUUUCAGCUCAUUUGUAUAUAUUUACACAUGAAAUUACAAUCCUCUGUCAUGUUCUUGCUUUGACAAACUGAUCAUUAAUUUGUCUACCAUAUAUAUGUCUUAGUCUUAUUUCUUUAUUUUAGAGAUACAAAAUAAACUGCCUUCAACAGUAAUGGUAGCGACAUCUUCUUUUU